CUGGCAAACGCUGCGGAUUUUGCAUCUUAUUCUUGCAUGAAAAAGGUUUGUUUACGACAGGAAAUUUUACAUUUUUCAUUCAGUUUCACGGAGAACGUGAGUGAAAUCGGCGGAAAUCACGGAAAAUUCGGGGCCCGAAGACGCCCCCACGUCCGCCAGUUAGUGAUCUUGAAUGUGAAAUUGUGGCUUUGUCACGGGAAAAUAUGUCAGCAGUGUGUGACCUAUUUUUUCACGGUGCUUUCCUGCGUCAAAAUGCGUUGAGAUUAAUUGCGAUUUGAGGAGUGAAAAAACCACCACCAAGGUCCCCCACCCCCCUGCGUACGAGAGACAUCAGCCUCCGUAGGUGAUACGCCCCACACGGACUCCCCCGGAGGUGCUGUGGACUACCCCGGAUAGGCGCGGAACAGCACACAAUAUUGAUUUGUUGACUUUCCUCCAAAUUGAACCUGGAGCAACAAUGGCCUUCUCCUCCAUCUGCCGGACGUUGCGCCUGAGAUUGCGUCUCAUGAACAACAAUACCCACGAGGAUGAUUGCACAACUUCUGGCAUAACACUGGACACCAACGAAAAGAGGAUAAUCUUCAUAAAUCGCCCGCAGCCUCAAAAGUACUGCAGUAAUCAUAUAUCAACGGCAAAAUAUAGUACCUUCAGCUUCAUUCCGUCGUUCCUCUUUGAGCAAUUUCGGCGGUAUUCAAAUUGUUUUUUCCUCUUUAUUGCAUUACUACAACAAAUUCCUGAUGUAUCACCCACGGGAAGAUAUACAACACUUGUACCUCUAAUUUUUAUACUAAGCGUGAGUGCUAUCAAGGAGAUUGUUGAAGACUUCAAACGCCACAGGGCUGAUGAUGAAAUAAAUCACAGGGAAAUUGAAACCUACAAAAGUGGCCAAUGGAAGUUUAUAAAGUGGCAACACUUGAGUGUUGGGGAUAUUGUUAAAGUGUGGAACAAUAAAUUCUUCCCCGCAGAUCUCAUUCUAUUGUCCUCAAGUGAACCACAAGGGAUGUCAUUUAUUGAGACAUCAAAUUUGGAUGGUGAGACUAAUUUGAAGAUACGUCAGGGUGUUCCGGAGACGGCAAAACUUCUCGAAACCAAAGAUUUGGCAUAUUUCAAUGCAACACUCGAAUGUGAGCUCCCAAAUAGGCAUCUGUAUGAAUUCAAUGGUGUCCUGAAGGAAAGUGGUAAAGCAGCCAUUUCUCUUGGCCCAGAUCAGUUACUAUUGCGUGGUGCCAUGCUAAGAAAUACAUCGUGGAUUUUUGGUGUUGUCGUGUACACUGGACACGAUACGAAACUUAUGAGAAAUUCUACCUCAGCGCCAUUGAAGCGUUCAACAGUAGACAGACUGACAAACACACAGAUUUUGAUGCUUUUUCUUAUUCUCAUAGUUUUAUGUCUCGUUAGUGCUGUUUUUAAUGAAUUUUGGACACGAGAUCACUACAAGAAGGAUAAAUAUUUGGGCAUUGAUGAUGUUCUGAGCAAAAAUUUUGGAUACAACUUACUAACAUUCAUAAUUUUGUACAAUAAUUUGAUACCCAUAUCCUUGCAAGUAACACUGGAGCUGGUGAGAUUCUUGCAGGCAAUCUUUAUUAAUUUUGACAUUGAAAUGUACCAUGAGGAAUCAAAUACGCCCGCAAUGGCGCGAACAUCCAAUCUUAAUGAGGAAUUGGGCAUGGUGAAGUAUAUAUUUUCCGAUAAAACGGGCACCCUUACGCGGAAUGUGAUGGAAUUCCAUAAAUGUUGUGUGGGGAAAUUUGUGUAUGAUCGCGUAAAUGAGCCCGAACACUCGGGGAUGGUGCAGAAUUUGCUGAAUAAUCACCCAACGGCGCCAUUGAUUGCGGAAUUCCUCACACUUUUGGCUGUUUGUCAUACAGUUAUUCCGGAGAAGCGUGAAGAUGGUACGGUGGGGUAUCAUGCCGCAAGCCCUGAUGAACGAGCCCUAGUUGAGGGGGCAAAGAGUUUUGGGUAUGUGUUUGAAACGAGAACACCCACGCAUGUGGAGAUUAGUGCUCUGGGAUGGCGUGAAAGCUACGAAGUUCUCCAUGUGCUGGAAUUUACGUCAACACGGAAAAGAAUGUCGGUGAUUGUGAGGACACCCAAAGGAGAAAUUAAGUUAUAUUGCAAGGGAGCUGACACAGUUAUUUAUGAGCGUCUAGCUCAAGAUGAUCAACCAUUCCGGGAGAUAACUUUGAGGCAUUUGGAGGAUUUUGCCACGGAAGGUCUACGAACACUUUGCUGUGCAAUGGCAACAAUUGAUGAGGAAGUAUACAAUGAUUGGAAAGCAACAUACCACAAAGCCAUAACAUCAAUACAGAAUCGUGAAAAGAAGGUGGAUGAUGCGGCAAAUUUAAUUGAGAUUAAUUUGAAGCUUAUCGGUGCCACAGCUAUUGAGGAUAAAUUGCAGGAUGGUGUACCUGAAACGAUAUCGAGUCUAUUGAAGGCUGAAAUCAAUAUAUGGGUGUUGACUGGGGACAAACAGGAGACAGCCAUCAACAUUGGAUAUUCUUGCAAAUUACUCAGUCACGCAAUGGAUUUGAUCAUUUUAAAUGAAGACAGUUUGGAUAACACAAGAGAGUGCAUUGGACGUCACAGUGCGGAUUUUGGUGAGCAAUUACGAAAGGAAAAUAAUGUGGCAUUAAUUAUCGAUGGACAAACACUGAAAUAUGCCAUAAGUUGCGACUUGAGACGAGAUUUUCUUGAUUUGUGCAUUUCCUGCCGUGUUGUCAUCUGCUGUCGCGUAUCCCCCAUGCAAAAGGCUGAGGUUGUUGAUUUGGUGGCGUCAAAUACAAAUAAUGUGACGCUCGCAAUUGGGGAUGGUGCCAAUGACGUUGCGAUGAUUCAAAAAGCCCACGUCGGUGUUGGUAUUUCGGGCGUUGAGGGACUUCAAGCGGCAUGUGCAUCGGAUUACUCCAUAGCACAGUUCCGCUACCUUGUACGUCUCCUCCUGGUUCACGGUGCAUGGAACUACAGUCGAAUGUGCAAAUUGAUUUUGUACAGUUUCUACAAGAAUGUCUGUCUCUAUGUUAUUGAAUUGUGGUUUGCCAUCUACUCUGGCUGGUCCGGACAAAUUCUCUUUGAGCGCUGGACCAUUGGUUUGUACAACGUAGUCUUUACAGCACUCCCACCUUUUGCCAUGGGGAUUUUCGAUAAGGUCUGCUCGGCGGAAAUAAUGAUAAAAUACCCGGCACUCUAUACAUCUCAGAAUGCCCAACUUCUGAAUGUUCGUGUCUUUUGGGUUUGGAUUGGGAAUGCCGUACUGCAUUCUAUCUUCCUCUACUGGAUGCCAAUGUUUUCCUACAAUCUUGAGAAUAUUUGGAUGAAUGGGCACAAUGGAGGGUAUUUGGUGCUUGGGAAUAUGGUUUAUACGUACGUUGUUGUGACUGUUUGCUUGAAAGCCGGUCUCAUUUCCAAUUCAUGGACUUGGCUGACACACUGUGCGAUAUGGGGAUCAAUUGUUCUUUGGUUUUUCUUCAUGUUUGUCUAUAGUAAUAUUUGGCCAACAAUUCCUGUUGCUGCAGUCUACGUGGGUAUGGAUAAACUUGUACUAUCUUCUCCGGUGUUCUGGUUCGGAUUGUUCCUGAUACCAACGACUGCUAUACUCUUCGAUGUUGUUGUCAAAGUCAUUCAAUGUACCUUAUUUAAAUCAGUAUCUGAUGCUAUACGAGAGUCGGAAAUUAAGAAAUAUGAUCCGAGUCAUGUGAUAAAAGAACCACGAACUUCAUUAACAGAGACAGCAAGAUUGCUGAGAAAUGUACGAAAUGUCUUCAGUCGACGUUCAAAUACACGAGUUAAUAUGGAAUUGGAACUUUCACAUGGUUAUGCAUUUUCGCAGGAAGAAGGUGGAAAUGUUACCCAAACGGACAUUAUUCGCGCCUAUGAUACGAAUUUGCCAAAACCAGAAGGAAAUUGAAAUGAGAUUUGCUAAAAAAAAAGGUGGAUUAUCGUGUCUUUUGGUAUGUUCUUUUUACCAUCAAUAUUUAUUUUAACAACAUGGAAGAAUUUUUUUCCACGAAAAGCACAAUGUUUUGAAUUUAACUCCCAUGUGAGAGGAGAUUGAAGAAUUUGUCUUACCAGUGCCACCAAUUUUGUCAACAAAUCCAGUGGAGAACAUUAAAAAAGAUGCUAAAAAAAGACGUUGUAUUAGAAUUUGCAGUUUAUUAAAAAAAAAAAUAGAAGAAUGCAUUAACUAUUAUAUUGCUUAAAGUGCACGACAAAUCAUACGGAAUAGAAGAAAGAAAAUUAAAUUGAGAACAAUCGUAGUGCUUGUGAGAAGUUAUAGUGAAAUUAACUAAAUUAUUCAUGAAUUUUUUCCACUAAAAAUGAACAUAUUCCGGUGUCCAGGGCUUGGAUUCUUUAAGAUUGAAAACUCCCGGGAAAAUCUCACGGGAGUUUAUCACGGGUGCAUUCUUUUUUAUAGAAUCAAACGCCCGUGAAGUUUUCCUCGCUUUCCCCCUGCAAAAAGCCUUUGGGAGUUUAUCACGGGAGUUUUUCACUCUUAGAAAAUUUAUGGCCAGAAAACUUUUCUUGCAGUAUUGUUUUUCUCCUUAAUUUUUCAUAGAGAAACCAUUCCAUAUUUCAAGCUUUAACAACUUUGUUUUUAAUACAAAAUAAACUUCUUAAUCUUUUUUUUUGUAGUAAAGUGUUUUUUUUUUAAGUAAAAUUCAACAUCAUGGCGUCAUCUAUGGAGCAGAGUAUCAUUUUUUGGUGGAAAGUUUAAUGUUGUUUCACUAUAAAACAUAAGCACUAUGUUAAUCCUUCGAGGUUUUUUUGUAAAGAAAAAAAAAUCCCGAUGUUUUUUCAAAAUGCCAAAAAUACCAUAAAUAAGAAAAUUCAAUGACCAACAACAGAAAAUUUAGCCUUUACAAAAUAUUACCUAUAUUAUACAAAGAAAAAAAUGUUUAAAAUCAAUACAAAUCCCAAUCAACUACGUUUUACUAAAAUAUUCUCUGUAAAUUGGAAAGUGGGUAAUGAUAAAUCUGAUUAGAUAAGUAGUUAAAAAAAUAUAAAACAAAUUAAAUGUUUGAAUGUUGUGAAAAAAAAUUUAAAUAAGAAUAAGUUUUGAAAAAAAAAUCAGUAAAGAGUUAAACAACAGAAUAUAUCAAUUUAUUUUACAAUAUAUAACCAACUAGUCAUUAUAUUUUAAAAGAAAUUAAACGUGUUAUAAAUUUAAAAAAAAUCAAUUCUCCAAAUUUAUAAGUAAAGCUCUUACCAUUAACGAGAGCCAUUAACGAAAUUCUUUUCCAUUGAUAGAGGUUGCAAAAGAAAUUAAAAUUCUAGAAAAUUAAAAGACAUAGAAACUUCUUAAGAAGUUUGGGUGUGAGACUUUUUCAAACAAAAAAAAACAUUAGAGGAGCCAAGUGCCCUUAAGAGAAUUAACUAUUUUUCCGUCUACUUCACACAAUUUCACAUGUUCAAAAAAAAAAACGUAAAUUAAAAAUAGGAAAUUUUUGGCAAAAAUUCGGUGCACUUUUGAACACAAAAUCAAAUUUUUCACUCAUAGAAAAAAAUGAGAAUAUAGAGAAUAAAUAUUAAAGAAAAGAAAAAUGUGUCUAUAUACCUAAGAAUAUGUAAUUGAAUGAUGAAAAUAUUGACUAAUUUAUUUCUUAUUGGUUUUUCUUAAAGAAAAAAAGAGGACUAAAACAGUUAACGAAGAGUAAGAGAAAAUACUAACAGAAAUUAAUAACACGAAAUAAACCUAUAACACGUAUACAUGAAAUGAACAAGGAAAGAUAUGAACUUAUUUUACAUUAAAAUAUGAGAUUAGCACGAGAGAUAUUUUGAUUUUUCACAAGAAUGAAGAAAAUUUGAAAGAGGAAAAGCUCUGUGAGGUUUUGUGGAAUGUAGAACUUUAAUUGAAAUUAAUUAUUUUCCUUUUUCUUCAUUAGGAGAGCUUUUGGUUUAAUUGAAAUUCAUGGAAGUUCUUUACCUUUAGUAUAAUGCAGAAAAAUUUGAGAGAGAGAUUUUGAGUAAUUAAAUUGCUAAAUUAUUACUAAAUCCAUUUACAAAUCAUUUAAGUUUUUAAACUGCCUCAAUCAGUAACAAUUUUAUUCUUUAAAUUGUAUUAUUGUUCCUAUAAAAUUAACGUCAUGAAUAUUUUCUCUUUGAUUUUGGAAUGUUUUCUCUUAAAGUUUUAGACAUGGGUAUCCUAAAAAAAACUAUUUGAAAUUAUUCUUAAGUAAUUUGACUAUUUUAUUUUGUGUUAUACUUAUUAAAAUACUUUCUUCUUCGCUAACUUAACAGUAAUCGGCUUUCUGAAGCAGAAAACGGCAGAAAAGCUAAGUUAGUAAAGCCUGUCUUUCUAGAUUACUUUUUUUGACUACUGUUAGAGUUUUACAUUUCACAAAUUCUUCCAGAAAUUUUAUUUUAGUAGUACAUUUCAAUCAACAAAUUGUCAGUUCCUUGGCAGUAUAUAGAUCUUGCAAAAUAAAAUGUGAUUUUGUGACACAUCAUGAAGGGAAAUAUUGAAUUCAAUUUAUAUAGGGAGAGAUUUAUCCGUAAUAUUAGAUGAGGAAAAAUCAAUUUUUGAUGAAAAAUAUUUUUAAUGUAAUAUUUUUCAAAUGAUUAUCGUACGAUCGUGAUUAAUUGUAAACCUUUUCUUUCAUCUUCUUUUUUUGGUAAAAGUAGAAUUUUUCUUUUAUUAAUUUUCUUCCCAAAAACACAAAAGAAACUGAAUUAUUCUUUAAAAGAAAUUCAUCCUGUAGAUGGAGAAUGUUGUUAGGCUGGAGACAAUGAACACAACAAAAUGUAGUAAAAUGUGGAUGAAAAAUGUUAUAUUUAGAUGGCCAAAUAUUGUAUGUCUCGUUGUGAAAAGAAAAAAAAUAUUAUACAGCAUUUAAAGGUGAUUCCUUAAAGGAAGAUUUAUGAAUUUUUUUUAUAUAAUUUUCUUUAGUUUUUAUUAAAAAUUUUGUGAUUUAUCU